GAUAUUCUCUAGGCCCAGGUUUGACCUAGCGCAGUCUCUCCCUCUCUCCUUCGUCAUAUUCCUCCUUUUUGUCUCGGCUCUCCCGUCGAACGUCUUCCUUGCCGCUCUCCCAUGUCGACCGUCUCUGGAAUCCAAGGCCAGAUCCUGGAGAUCACAGUGGUGGGUUGCAGCAAGUUGAGGGACACCGAGCUCUUCUCCCGGCAGGAUCCCUACGUCUGCCUCGAGUACGCGGAUUCCAAGUUCCGCACCCGCACCCGCACCGAUGGGGGCAGAAACCCCACCUUCCAAGAGAAGUUCCAGAUUCCCCUCAUCGAAGGGCUCCGCGAGAUCAACCUCAUCGUCUGGAACAGCAACACCUUCACCGCCGAUGACUUCAUCGGCAGCGGCAGGGUCCAGCUGCAGAAAGUCCUCUCUCAAGGCUACGACGACUCUUCUUGGCCGAUCCAGACUCGAAGUCUCAAGUACGCUGGAGAAGUGAAACUCAUAAUGCAUUUUCCGAAUGCAUUGAAGAAGACCGUGGAAAGCAGCACUCCAUCUGCUCCACCGUACAUGCCUGCAGCACCAUACGUUCCUCCUUAUCCUCCUUCGUACCCGCUGGCUGGGACUUAUCCUGGAGCUGGUGCUUAUGUUUCAUAUCCUCCUCCUGAUCCUGCUCUGUAUCCGGCUUCAGCGGACCCACAGCAGUCACACCCGCCUGCCAUGUAUUAUCCGCCGCAGCCAUACAUGCAGCAGUAUCCCCCUCCACCACCAACACAGCCUUACUAUCCACCAGGGCCUUACCCUGGAAUAGGAUAUUACCCACCACCAAACUGAUGGAAAGAAAACUGAAGUAGCAAGAUGAAAAGAAACAGCACCGGUAGAGGCCUAGUUGUUGCAGUCAUUUGUUGCUUCUUUUUUGUUAAUUUGAUGAAAAUUAUGUGGUCACUCUAGAUUCUUUUGAAUUGGAAUCCUGUCGAAGUUGUGGUUUGCCUGCUGCAAAUUUGCUUUUGAUUUUCACGUACUAUAUAUGUUUUUCCUUUGCAAGAACGAAAUGUGAUGUUUAGCAAAUUGGAUUUAUCAAA